GUCCCACUGCGCGUGCGCGUCCCUGACCCGAGGGGCUCUUCUGCACGCGCGCGCGCGCCCCAAGGCCGCAGGGGUCUGAGGCCCAGGUCCCGCGGAUGCACCGCCCUCGCGGACAGUGAAGAGUCUCGGGUUGGGCCAGGAAGGGUCUCGCGCCCUCCCCGUUCGCCGCCCCCGGCGUCGCUGGCGAAACCCGAGCGCGCGUCAGGCGCGGGGCCGCGUGACGCGCCCCUGUUAGGGUGGGCCCGGCGGGCGGAAGAGGAUGCGUGGGGCCCCUGCCUGGCCAGAGCUCGGCCCGCAGCACCGGGCGCCCUGCGCAGCCCCCGACGUUUCCCGGAGAAGCGGCCGGCUCUGACGGGCGAGAUGAAGCACGCAGGCGCUUGGAAUAUGCUCACGGCGGCCGUGUGCAUGGCCCUGCUGGGCUGCCUGCAGGCCCAGGAGCUCCAGGGACACGUCUCCGUAAUCCUGCUGGGAGCCACCGGGGACCUGGCCAGAAAAUACCUAUGGCAGGGGCUGUUCCAGCUGUACCUGGAGGAGGCGGGGAAGGGCCACAGUUUUCGCUUCCACGGGACUGCUCUGACGAGCACCAAGCAGGGCCAGGAGGUCAUAGCCAAGGUCCUGGAGUCCCUCUCCUGCCCCAGGGACACAGCUCCCGGUCGCUGCGCUGAACUCAAGGCUCAGUUCCAGCAGCUGAGCGAGUACCGCCGCCUGAAGACACCUGAGGACUAUCUGGCCCUGAGCAAGGACAUAGAGGCCCGGGUCCAGCACGAAGGCCUCCAGGAGGCCGGCAGGAUUUUCUACUUCUCGGUGCCACCCUUCGCCUAUGCAGAGAUUGCCCGCAGCAUCAACAGCAGCUGCCGCCCAGGCCCAGGUGCCUGGCUGCGCGUUGUCCUUGAGAAACCCUUUGGCCAUGACCACCGCUCAGCCCAGCAGCUGGCCACAGAACUUGGGAGCUUUUUCCAAGAGGAGGAGAUGUACCGGGUGGACCAUUACCUGGGCAAGCAGGUGGUGGCCCAGAUCCUGCCUUUCCGAGACCAGAACCGCAAGGCCCUGGACGGCCUCUGGAACCGGCACCACGUGGAGCGGGUGGAGAUCAUCAUGAAGGAGACCGUGGACGCAGAAGGUCGCACCAGCUUCUACGAGGAGUACGGCGUCAUCGGCGAUGUCCUGCAGAACCACCUGACCGAGAUCCUCAUGCUGGUGGCCAUGGAGCUGCCCCUCAACAUCAGCAGCUCGGAGGCGGUGCUGGGGCACAAGCUCCAGGCCUUCCGGGCCCUGCGGGGCCUGCAGAGGGGCAGUGCUGUCGUGGGCCAGUACCAGGCUUACCGCGGGCAGGUGCGCAGAGAGCUGCAGAAGCCAGACAGCUUCCACAGCCUGACGCCGACCUUUGCAGGCAUCCUCGUGCACAUAGACAACCUUCGCUGGGAGGGUGUCCCUUUCAUCCUGAUGUCCGGCAAAGCCUUGGAUGAGAGAGUGGGCUACGUGCGGAUCUUGUUCAAGGACCGGGCGUACUGUGCCCAGAGCGAGAAGCGCUGGGUCCCGGCCCAGAGCCACUGCCUUCCUCAGCAGAUCAUCUUCUACAUUGGCCACGGUGAGCUGGGCGGCCCAGCCGUGCUGGUCAGCAGGAACCUGUUCAGGCCCUCCCUGCCCUCCGCCAGCUGGAAGGAGGUGGAGGGCCAGCCUGGGCUUCGCCUCUUCGGCCGCCCUCUGUCUGAUUACUACGCCUACAGCCCUGUGAGGGAGCAGGACGCCUACUCCAUCCUCAUCUCUCGUAUCUUCCACCACCGGAAGGACUCCUUCAUCACCGUGGAGAACUUGCUGGCUUCCUGGGUCUUCUGGACGCCCUUGCUGGACAGCCUGGCCCACGAGGUCCCACGCCUCUACCCAGGAGGAGUGGAGAACGGACACCUGUUGGACUUUGAGUUCGGUGGCAGCCACUUGUCCUUCUCCCAGCCGCCGCCGGAGCAGCUGGUGCCGGGGCCGGAUUCUGCUCCCAUGCCCAGCGACUUCCAGGUUCUCAGGGCCAAGUACCGAGACAGCCCGCUGAUAUCGGCCUGGCCGGAGGAGCUGAUCACCAGGCUGGCCGGCGACAUCGAGGCUGCAGCUGUGCAGGCUGUGAGGCGCUUUGGCGAGUUCCACCUGGCACUCUCGGGCGGCUCAAGCCCCGUGGCCCUGUUCCAGCAGCUGGCCAUGGGGCACUACGGCUUCCCCUGGGCCCACACACACCUGUGGCUGGUGGACGAGCGCUGCGUCCCGCUCUGGGACCCCGAGUCCAACUUCCAGGGUCUGCAGGCUCACCUGCUGCAGCAUGUGCAUGUCCCCUACUACAACGUCCACCCCAUGCCCGUGCACCGGCGCCAGCGGCUCUGUGCCGAGGAGGACCAGGGCGCCCAGGCCUAUGCCGAGGAGAUCUCCACCCUGGUGACCAACAGCAGCUUCGACCUGGUGCUGCUGGGCAUGGGCACCGACGGGCACACGGCCUCCCUCUUCCCUCAGUCACCCGUCGGCCUGGACGGCCAGCAGCUGGUGGUGCUGACCACGAGCCCCUCAAGCCCGCGCCGGCGCAUGAGCCUCAGCCUGCCCAUCAUCAACCGCGCCCACAAGGUGGCGGUCCUGGUCAUGGGCCGGAUGAAGCGCGAGAUCGCCAUGCUGGUGAGCCGCGUGGGCCGCGAGCCCAAGAAGUGGCCCAUCUCGGGCGUCCUGCCUGACUCUGGCCAGCUGGUGUGGUACAUGGACUAUGACGCGUUUCUGGGGUGAUGGUGCCUUUGCCCGUCGCUCGCCCCCACGCUCUCCUUCACCCGUCCUCUCUCCGCCCUCUCAGUCCUGCCCCAGCCCGCGUGCCCUGCUCUCUGGAAUCUGAUGCCUCGGUGGUCAGGCUCCCGGAGACAAAGGACAAAGCCCCUCCCCAGCCCCUGUGACCGCCCCCGCCUAGUGGUGGCGGGUACACACCGGAACAAGGAAGAAAUGGAAUCUGUGCUCUUGAGAAGCUUCAAAUCCAAGUCAGGAGAGAAAUGUCCACCUUUAGAAAAGACCUGCAGCAGUUACAUGUGAACACCAACCAGCGCAAAAUAGGACGGUCUGAAAGCUCCCCGGGUGAGCAGGAAUGUGGUGGGCCGAGGUUCAUGGGGGGUUUCCUGCCGGCCGGGACCCUUCGACCGGCUGUGGUGGAAAAGCAGAACGUGGAUGGUAGAGAGCAGCAGCCUGGCACCAGUGGCCCUGCGCCCCCCCAGAGCAGGCCGCUGGGAGCCCGCACCCUCCUCCAUCCCCUUCUUCCUGAGCCUCUGACUCACCUGCUGUCCUGUCUCCUCCGGGGCCACCUCCACCUGCUCUGCAUCUCGGCUCUCUUUCUUUUCAGUCCCGACCAUGGAGAUCUUCCCACCCCCUCUCUGUUUCUUUGCUGUCCCUCAGACACCCCAUUAAUGGACAGAUGAUGAUGACAGUAACACGGUGACAAACAAGAUGUUAAAGUGGAUCCAGAAAUCGUGCGACUGUGGUUUGCAGCUCCUUUUCUCAGUAGAUGGAUUUCUCUGAUGGCAGGAGGCUCUGGUUCCCCAGCUCUGUCAGGGAAGACCACUGCCCCCACGCUUGCGCUCCUGUCCCCAGCCAACUCUGCGUGAAACACGCUGGAGAUAGAUGAUCAGGCCAUUCCAGGGAUCCCACAGUUAGGAGGGUCCUUUGUGUCUCAGGGAACUUCCCAGUGAGUGUUUCCACUCUCGGUGUCCCCUCUUGUUUUACCUGGGAAGAUCCAGUUAAAUCUUUCUCUGACGGUGACAUCUCAUUUGGGGGGAGAGAUGUGACAUCAGGUGAUUGCGACCAUCCAGGUGCUCUGAUCUGACCAGGCUGAGCCAGGCCUCCCUGCUGGGGCCCUGCAGCUCAUGUCAGCACUGGCUGCCCACGACCGUCUCAGGGACUUGACUGAUGGUCAGCGCCGAGGGCGGCCGCCGCCUGCCCUUCUCAUACUACCUCGUGGCGGCAUCGGCCUCCUGACUGCCAGUCCCUCCUGCCAGCAGCGCUCACCUCACCACUAACGCGUUGCUGAAGAUCUGGGGGAAACCAACAAGCUUCUCGUUAAGAGUAGGUGGGUAGUCCGCUCCUGAGAAGCCAUGGGUCAGUAAUACCUGUUUUUCUGAAACCCCCAAGGCAGGGGCGUCUCCAAAAUUCUUUUUUAAAAAUUAAGCUUCUCAGGACACUUCUUUUGUGGUUUUUUGGCUGCAUUGGGUCUUCAUUGCUGCUCGGGCUUUCUCUAGUUGGGGCGACCGGGGACUACUCUUCGUUGUGGUGCACUGGCUUCUCUUGUUGUGGAGCAGGGGCUCUAGGCGCACAGGCUUCAGUAGUUGCAGCACGUGGGCUCAGUAGUUGCAGCACAUGGGCUCAGUAGUUGUGGCUCACAGGCUCUAGAGCGCAGGCUCAGUAGUUGUGGUGCACGGGCUUAGUUGCUCCGCGGCAUGUGGGAGCUUCCUGGACCAGGGCUCGAACCCGUGUCCCCUGCAUUGGCAGGUGUAUUCUUAACCACUGAGCCACCAGGGGAGCCCUCUCAGAACACAUUUAAUUUUUAUUUCAACUUCCCACAUAGCCAUGUCCCCAAGAUAUGUCAAUAAAGGAUAAGACAGGUAUUUCCGUGUAACUGUUUCCCCAUCUUAUAGUCACAUUUUAUAUCAGGCAGAUACAUCUGAUCAGGCAGAUACAAAGUGUCAAGGUCACAACAAGGGCUUUCCUGGGUGAGAAGGAGCAUUAUGAAAUCUGUUUCUCUACAUUUGAUUGUUUACACUUUCUUCAAGGCAAUUUACACUUCUUCAAGAAUUUAAAAGAGUUCUUGCUGUGAUUUGAGAUGUGUGCGUGUGAGGUGGGCGCUGGCCGGGGGCCCUGCACCUGUUGAAAUUUGGCUUCCCCUGGUCUCCAACGACCCGGUCCAGACAGGACAUCUCUCUUUAGGCCAAGAGAGCUCACCUUGGCCAAAAAGUGCACAGUGCCGGGGUCAGGAAGUCUCCUCCCUUUCUGAAGAGUCAGUAUUUUAGCUUUGAUGCACCUGGUGGGCCGGCCUGCAGGAGCGGACACGUGGUCGUCGCCCGAGUGCCGUCUCUGGCCACGUGGGGGCGCCCUCGCACCAUCCCUGCUGUCUGGAGCGCAGAGGCGUUUCUCCUCCGCGCAGGUUCCUGCGCUUCCCCGGCCCCUUGGUUCUGAGCAACGCCCCCACCCCCACUCCCCAGGCCCCCCGGCCCCGCCCCCGCCGUUGUUCUUUAGGAACUUCUUCCUCUGCGAGAAAGAAGGGGACCUCCACAUACCUGAGUGUCAUUGCAAGACCAUUUCUGAAUAAUAGUGAGUCACUGCGGGCCUGAGCCUGGCACGUCCUAUUUUCAGAGGAGCGCCUUGCCUCAAAAUGUACUUUCAUCUGUGGAGAGCGCCUCUAGGGGCAGGGGCCGGUGUCCUUUCCGGAAUCGAGUGCUGUCUUAAAGUCACGCUAGGAAGAUCCACUGGGAGACACUGUUGUAUUCCUGCUUCCACCUGCCCCCUUUCCCCUUUCCCUCCCUUGCCCUGUGAUGGUGGUUUUCAAACUUUCUGGAUCAUGAUCCACAGCAGAAAACACACUUUACGUCAUGAGUCAGUGCUCACAUUCAUGCAUGAAUCUACGUCUCAAGCAAAAGUUUCAUAAAGGAAUUCUCACUCUGAGAAUUCAGGAUACCUUGUCUAAUUUUUAUUUUUAAAAAUACUGCUUGUAAUUUGCUAAAUUGAGUUGAUACAAAGUUUGAGAAGUGCUGCUCUAAUCUGACUUUACCCUGUUGUAUAAGCGGAGGCCCCAGGGUUUGGAAGGGAGCACACGAGCCCAGCUCACACAGGGAAUGCUCGUGACCGCACUGGGACUGGUACCCAGGCUUCCCGUUGCUGCAGCUUCACGCCUCGGACCAGUCCCAGGUGAUGCUGCUCCAGCCUCUGUGGUGGGAUGCUUGCUUCCUCCAUCACGAGGGAGGGGAGGAGUAGGUGUUGAAGACAAGGUGGCCAGAACCCUGGGGCUUGUGGGAGCGAUGACGAUGUGCCCUUUACAGAAGGGUGAUACGUUCCAGGCUCAGUACUAAACGCUUUGCACUGUGUGGCCUUGUUUAAUCUUUACGGCAGUCCUGUGAGGAGGUGGAGGAAUCCUGAUUUACCAAUGAUUUUGAAACUGAAACUGCAGUUGUCUAAUGACAACAGGCCAGUUGUUCUAAGCCAGACGUGGACCCCAAGCCUUCAGGGUUCUAGACGUGUGCUCCCAACCACCCUGCGCUGCCACCACCUCCCCAGCGAGCUCGGUGCAGCCGCAGUUCCCAGAACCCAGGCUGUCGGAGCAGACCCCACGUCAGAGGCCGUGUGGGCCUGUGAAAGGCAGCAGGGCCCCUCCUCCCGGAAGCCGGGUCAAAUCCCCAUCUCUAGAGCAGACAUUACUACCAUUAGCUGUAGGGAAAGAAUUUGGGACUUUCCGGGUUGCUGUAAGCUGGAUUCUGAUUUUGCUCCGGGGGCAAAGUUUUCUGUUAACCACAAGUUUGAACAGUCCUGUUGACCUGCCCGGCUUCUCAUUUCUCUGCAGACAGUGCUUUCUUCCCAGUCCUGGGCCUCCCGCGGAGCAGCACAACCCAAGCUGUCUGCCAGCAGGCGCUGUUUCAGAACACUCCCUCGAGGGCUGCUGUUCCGGAACACAGGGCUUGGUCUCCCUGGUCUGGGGGCUUCCUCCUCCCCAUUUGUACAGAGAGCUGGGGACGGUGUGACUGAGAAAGGGAGGGAGAUGCUUCUGCAGAGCCUCAAGGGGCAGUUUGCUACACGUUAGUUUUCAGAAACUAGUUUUUUUUUUCCUUCGACAGAAAUACAUGCAACCUCGCAGGAGCAGCUUCUGCAUCAGCUUUACCAGCUCUGUUUUUAU